AUGAUGCUGGAAGAACCUGUUAUUACUGCACCUUCACCCUCUAUCCCUGAACCAGAUCUUGCAGUUUCCCCGGCGCCUGUGUCUCCUGUUCGCCAGCAUCCAGAUCUAGAAUUUGGUUCUGGUCCUGUAUCUGCUGUCAAACCCCGGCCGGAGUCAAUGGUGAUCUACGAAGAUCCUACCACGCCCACUGGAGACAAAAAUGAGACUCUUGGGUACGCCGCCUCUGCGGGUAAUCCCACCCCUUCAAAGCCGUCGCCUAGUCGCUCUGAUCAACCCGAACAUGGCCAAGCAGAGACUCAACCCAUCCCCGAGGAUAUCUCUGCGCCGGUGGUCGCUUCGACUAGGAAGCCUACACCAGAUUUGGCACCUAUGCAGGAAUCUGGCCUGAACUUUGAAGUUCGGACUCCAUCUCCAACACGCCGAGCACCGCUUCAGCCAAGUCCAUCACCGACGAGGGGCCGUGUUCAGCCAGCGGCUUCUAAUAUCAUGGAUAUUGAUGUCGUGCUUCCCCAAGAGCCUCAUGCGGGGACGAACGGGGCGGAUGGCAAUAAUGAGAAUGCGACUCCUCGCCUGACCAAGACUGUAGACUUGCCCCCGCCCCCCGGUCUGCAGCUAAGCCGAGUGCCCUCGAAGAAGUGA